AUGGCUCCCGUUAAGAAGGCGAAGAAGGACCAGAACUCCAUCAACAGCAAGCUUGCUCUUGUUGUCAAGUCUGGUCGCAUCGUGCUGGGAUACAAGGAGACCCUCAAGACCCUCCGCACCGGCAAGGCCAAGCUCGUCCUCAUUGCUGGCAACACUCCUCCUCUCCGCAAGUCUGAGCUCGAGUACUACGCCAUGUUGAGCAAGGUCCCCGUUCACCACUUCGGUGGCACCAACAUCGAGAUGGGAACUGCCGUCGGAAAGCUCUUCCGCUGUGGUACCUUGGCCAUCAUCGAUGCCGGUGACUCCGACAUCCUCAGCGACCAGGUCGCUUAA